AUGGCUAAAAGCUCACUCUGUUGUGUCACCAGAAGCAUGAAGGAGCCAUCAAGGAUGAUAUCAUGCAUGUUUCCAGCACCCUCUAGGAACACCACGACCCUGCAGGUGUUCAUGCCAGCAUUUCAUCAAAGAGGAACUGCUCUUGCUGAUCCUUCAGGUCUUGUGUUGGAAAAAAUGCAGAUUGCCAAUACUAUUUCUACAUAA